AUGGCCCCCGGUCCCGUCGCAGACUCUGCCCCUCAGGCCCCACAAUCGCACCCCUCCAAGGCCCAGCAGGCGCCUGUCGACACCAACGUCUUCCCUGACGGCCUUAAGACCUCUGGCCAGCACCCUCCCCUCUACGAUCUCCUUCAUCCUUACGAGCACUUCCCCAAGGAGAUCGAGGGUCCGACUGUAUGGCAGGCCGACGAUUACAAGAACAACCCUGAGCGAUGGACUCAUCCUUUCAGCGACGACGAGAUCGCCGAGCUUGACAGGGCCGCCGAUGCCUUCCUCGCUGCCGGCCACCCCCUCACUGCCGUGUCCAAGGAGCUUUUCCCUCUCCCCGAGCUCUCCAAGCGGAUGACUGCUCUCCGUGCCGAGCUGCUCAAUGGCAAGGGCUUCAUCCUCUUCAAGGGCUUCCCCGUCCAACGCUGGGGUGUUCACAAGUCUGCCGUCGCGUACAUGGGCCUUGGUACCUACCUCGGAUACUUUGUCUCGCAAAACGGCCGCGGUCACGUUCUGGGCCACGUCAAGGACGUAGGUGACGACCCGACCCAGAUCGAUUCCGUCCGUAUCUACAGGACAAACGCCCGCCAAUUCUUCCACGCCGACGACUCGGACAUUGUCGGCUUGCUGUGCAUUGCUCGUGCCCUGGAGGGCGGCGAGUCUGACAUUGUUUCCUCGCACCACGUCUGGAACACGCUCCAGAAAGAGCGCCCCGACGUAGCGCGGACGCUUACCGAGCCCAUCUGGUACUUCGACCGCAAGGGCGAGACAAGUGUUGGUGAGGACGAAUGGAUCCGGACAAGCAUCUUCUACUUGGAAACCGGCGAGACUCCCAGAGUAUACUCCAAGUGGGACCCUUAUUACGUCCGCUCGCUCACCCGCUUCUCGGACAAGGGCAUCAUCCCGCCGCUUUCCGAUGCGCAGCAGGAGGCCAUACAGGUGCUCGAGGACACGUGCCUGCGCCUGUCGCUGCACAUGAUCCUCGAGAUUGGCGACAUACAGUUCCUGUCCAACGAGCAUGUUCUGCACGCCCGCACUGCGUACAAGGACUAUCCUCCGCCUGCGCCUCGCCGCCACCUCCUGCGCCUGUGGCUCAGCACCCCCGAGAGUGAGGGUGGGUGGCGCCUGCCCUUCCACGAUUCGGAUCACAAGAAGCGCGGUGGAAUCCAGGUCAACGACACGGCUCCCAGAGCUCCCGACGAUGCCGAGUAG